AUGAUUCUGUUAUGGGUGACACUGCUUCUCCUUCAUCGAGGAUACACGCUGGUUCCAGUGGUCAAAGUUCAGCAGGGGGAACCUGUGAGGAUGACAUGUUGUUUUCCUGAAGUACAACACAGGAAAACAAAAGUUUACUGGUACAAGCAGGACGCAGGGGAUAGUCUGACAUCAAUUGUGAUGCUAAAUCAAAAUACAAACCUUGCGUAUGGACAAAAAUUCCCUCCUUCAAGAGUGAAGGCAGAGUCUAAUGAGACAUGCACCAGCCUGACUAUUUUGUCAACAAUUCAAGAAGAUGAGGGAAUGUAUCACUGUGCAGCCAUUGACUGGACCACUGCAUUUUGGAGUGCGACUUAUCUGUCAUUAAAAGGAAACUCAGAGAAGACAUCAACUUACACAGUUGUCCAGAGGCCAAAAAUAUUUGAUCCAGUCCAUCAAGAAGACACUCUGCAGUGUUCAGUCAUCUCUGAACAUGAGAACAAGGCAUGUUCGGAAGAUGUUCAUUUGUUCUGGUUCAGAGCUACAUCACAUAAAUCUCUUCCAGACAUCAUCUACGCUGAAGGAAACGGACACAACAAAUGUAACAAGAUAUCUCAGACUCAGGAUAGAUGUGUUUAUAAUUUCUCCAAGAGCAUCAGUUCCUCUGAUGAUGGGACUUACUACUGUGCUGUGGCCACAUGUGGAGAGAUUCUAUUUGGAAAUAGAACCACAGCUGAUGCUCAAGAGCAAACAUCAAGUUUUCAGUUUCCCGUGCUGAUGAUGACAAUAAUUUUCUUGGUCAUUUCUGUGACUGGAAAUAUAGUUUUGAUCUGCUACAAAACUCCACGAGCAGCACGUGGACGAUUUAAUAGGAUGGAAAACACUUCUUCACAAAGAUGUGAUAACUUAACUCAACCAGGAGAGACUGAAGAUGGACAUGAUCUGAACUACGCUGCAAUUAAUGUGGGACAAGCAAGAGGAAAGAAGAAGAGAGAGUCGAGGACUGAAGAAAGUGUGUAUUCACAAGUAAAAUACAGAUAAAUAUCCAUUUCUGUGCGCUGGUGUAGGUUGAUAUAAACUCCAAUAUGGACUUUUUAUGUAAGUAAAUAGAUAGA